AACCGAUAUGCAGCACAACAACAACAAAACAACAACAACAACAAAAUAAACAAGCAUGAGUGAUAAACACAAUGUUACUGAAAUAUUUUCAGAGUUCAAUCGCUAUUUGGAAGAAGAACAACAACUUAGGGAGGAAAUCAGGACCAUCGUUAGAGAUCUAGAACAGUCUGCAAGGGAAAUUCUCACACAGAUCCAAACAGUGCAUCAGUCAGAUGGCAUCAAAUGUGUGCAAGAGAUUUGCAAUGGCAUCACACCAUUGUUUGGAAAUAUUCAGAAAGGGAUGCAGAUCCUUGCUGGGAAGAUUCCCGACAGUCAAUACUACAGGUACAGUGAUCAGUGGAGGUUCCUUAUUCAGCGUCUGGCCUUCCUGGCAGCCUUUCUCACCUACCUCCAAACGGAGUCCGUCAUUUCCAUGCAAGAUGUUGCUACACUCAUUGGGGUGAAAGUGCUUCGUGAGGAGGGAUUCCACAUUGACCUUGAGGAUUAUCUCAUGGGACUGCUACAGCUUGCAAGUGAACUAUCCCGGUUGGCAGUGAAUGCAGUGACAGCGGGAGAUUACGGGCGACCAAUGAGAAUUGCCAAAUUCGUCGGCGAACUGGACUCUGGUUUUCGCCUCCUGAAUCUGAAAAAUGACUCACUGCGCAAGAGAUUUGAUGGUCUGAAGUAUGAUCUCAAGAAAGUGGAGGAAGUGGUGUAUGACCUGACAAUCAGGGGCUUGAAGCCUGCUGAAUGAACGAACUCUGGACUCACAGUCGUGAAUCUUUUAUUAAUUGUGUUAACUUUUUUAAGACCAUGUCAGUAGAAACACAGUUUUCAAAUUAAAUUAAAUAUGCAUAUGCAAGUGUCUCAAGUACAUGUAAUUUACCAACAUUAAUACAUUCAACAGGUAAUUCUGCAUGUAAUGCCUUUUAAAAAACUACACAGUUUACUUUAAGAUCGAUGGCUUAUUCAAACUUUACAAAAUAGUUUGUUAUUUAGGACAAUCUGGUUAUUGAUAGACUGUUUUUAUUUUUAAACUGGAUUAUGUUUUCUUGUGUCUAAGUCUAUUUUUUAUUUUCAAUUAAAAGAAUCUGAAGUGUUUCAGUGCUGUAUCACUUUUGUUUAAAUGUGAUUAUUUCGUUCAUAUUAUACACUUGUUUCUUCAUGAUCAUAAUAAUGUAUAGCAGACACUAUAAUUAAACAUCAUUUACUUAU